AGAAAAGACGGACGUGCAGUCACCGGAAGUGUCCGUCACUAAGUCGUUCCUCCCUUUUCCGCGUGCGGCGGCUCAGAUAGCUUCACGUUCAAAUCCCGGAGCAGAUUUCACCACAGACAUGGCUUCUACAGGCGGGACCCUGGACUCUCCGGUCAAACAGAUCCAGAUCGAGGGGCUGGUGGUGCUGAAGAUCAUCAAGCACUACCAGGAAGAGGGCCAGGGCAGCGAGGUGGUGCAGGGCGUCCUGCUGGGCCUGGUGGUGGACGACCGGCUGGAGAUCACCAACUGCUUCCCCUUUCCCCAGCACACCGAGGACGAUGCCGACUUCGACGAAGUUCAGUACCAGAUGGAGAUGAUGCGUUCCCUGCGUCACGUCAACAUCGACCAUCUGCAUGUGGGCUGGUACCAGUCCACCUACUAUGGCUCCUUUGUCAGCCGAGCGCUCCUCGACUCUCAAUUCAGCUACCAACACGCCAUUGAAGAGUCAGUUGUCCUCAUCUAUGAUCCCAUCAAGACGGCCCAAGGCUCCUUGUCUCUGAAAGCCUACAGGCUCACCCCGAAACUCAUGGAGAUCUGCAAAGAGAAGGAUUUCACACCUGAGGGCUUGAAGAAGGCCAACAUUGGCUUCGAGCAUAUGUUCGAGGAGGUGCCGAUUGUCAUCAAGAACUCGCACCUCAUCAGCGUACUGAUGUGGGAGCUGGAGGACAAGUCCACGGUCGCCGACAAGCACGAACUGCUCAACCUCUCAAGCAGCAACCACUUGGAGAAGAGCCUCCAGCUUCUGAUGGACAGAGUGGACGACAUGAGCCAAGACAUCGUCAAAUACAACACCUACAGCCGCAACCUGAGCAAGCAGCAGCAGCAGAAGCACCAGUACUUGCAGCGGAGACAGCAGGAGAACGCCCAGCGGCAAAGCAGAGGGGAGCCCCCGCUGCCCGAGGAGGACAUCACCAAAAUGUUCAAGCCCCCCCAGCCGCCACCACGCAUGGACACGCUGCUCAUUGCAGGGCAAAUUAACAACUACUGCCAGAACGUGAAGGAAUUCACCUCACAGAACCUGGGGAAGCUGUUCAUGGCGGAGGCUCUCCAAGGCCACAACUAAAGCAGAAAUCAGGCCAGAGGGGGGAAAGUAUCGGAGAUGCAGAACUACCAGAAAACAACUGGAGGAGCCAUCCGACAUUGGGCUUUUUUUUUUUUUUUUGAAUGACUCCUUUCAUUAUUGUUAUUCCUGAAUCCACCUUGAAUAUAAAGUUAUCUGUGAUCAGUUUGGUUUGAGUUAAAUAAAAGACUUUCCAUCUCC